AUGUACGCCCUCACCCUAGGACUCUUCGUCUUCCUCUACCUCUUUGUGAAGCCAGUCGUCGCCUACAUAUACGACGCAAAAGGCUUGCGGAAGUACCCUAACUUCUACCUCCUUUCCGGCCAAGAAAGGGUUUCGUUCCCGGAAGCUCUUCGAGGCUCACAAGAAACACCCUGUGCUACGCAUGGCCCGAACGCCCUCUCGUACUCCGACCACAGAGCCAUCAAAGACAUCUACGGUCAUGGCACAGCUUGCAUCAAGGACAGAUUCUACUCUGAGACCUCCGGCUCGCACUCCAAUCUAGCAGAUUUUGUCGACAAAAGCGAUCAUGCCAGGAAAAGAAAGAUGCUAUCCAGCGCCUACGCACUGAAGAAUCUUGAAGAGUGGGAGUUCAAAGUCGCCGAUGUCAGCCGCAAGCUCAUCAAAGCGUUCGAUGCAAGAUGUACUGACCCUCUGCCUCCGACCCAACUGCCGAAGAAGGAGGACCUGACUGUCGACUACCGAAAUUGGACUGUUCUGUUUACCGCUACCGCGAUCGCGAGUAUUGGCCUUAGCGAGGACCUUGGAUUCUUGAAUGAGGGCUCCGAUAAGGUGAUAUCGGAAAGCAAGGAUGGAACUACCAAGGAGGUCUCUUUCCGCGAAUGUCAUGCUGCCACGAGCCGCGCCUCUUACGAGCUUGUCUGCGCCUACGACUGGUUUCAGGCCUUAAAACUAAUCUUGGAUCUUGCCAUAUUCAGGCAGAGCCCAUUUUAG